UCGCAGUCGCGCGUAUGUAGCUCAAGGCCGAGUAAAAUGUUGCGCAUGCAAGUACGCAAACUUGCGGCUGUACAUUAUCCUGUACAUGUGUUAUUGUUUGUGUCUUAAAUCGGUAGUUAAUCUGCAAGCGAGACCACCAGCGGGCGGACCCCCGUGAGUAACGAUGCGACCCAAACAUCGUUCGGGAAGCCGAGUUUAUGAUUUAAACGUCUUCCACGCUCAUCUUCUGGCUGUGUAAAUAACCAGCUACGUCAAGAUCUAAAUAGAGGAAAUGAUUCACACGACAAACAAACAGAUGUGCUCGGUGUGCCAGGCAAGAGAUAAUGAACACCGAUGUGCGCGACAUUUCACAACGUCAAGAUGAUGCUUGCAGCGCGAUACGAGUGGCAUAGGAGUCGUGAUAUUGUUAUCAACGCUAUUGAAUUCGAUCGAAAUUCUAAAAAAAAGAGUGUCGACAGCCCCAAUUUUUUUGCUGUAUGCUGAUACGAGAGAUAGAAGUCAACUUAGGAAACUACGCUGGAAAAGCAAGAAAAAAAAAAGCUGUUGAAUGACUUCCUGUAUGGAUGUUGCAUUGAUCGCAAGCUCGAAAGAUCAAAAAACUGAGUUACUGUAGGAGAUGGCAGAGACGAAGAAGAGCGUAGAAUUCGUCAGAGAAAUGUUUCUCGAGUUAAGUGAAGACUAUAUUCAACACGGAGCGACGAUAAGCGAUUUAAGAGCCGUUGCUAUACCUGCUAAUGUUAAGGACCACAACUCUGCGACACAACGCGCGUACCUGAAGAAAGUACUGUUAGUAUUACUCGUGCCAUUACUCUACGGUAUAUUUAAUAGACAGUUUAAUAUAAUCAAGAGCUUCCAAGGAACUCGAUGCUUACUGCCGAAUAAUUACCUCGUGUGGGAAUUCACGAGGCCGAUAGCGAAUUGCGAUUACUGCCGCGACGUCGAGUCGCCGCUGACCUUGCCAAAUUUGACCAAAGAGGAAUUUCGCGCGUACUCGUACUCGUCGCGACCUAUGAUAAUCAAGAGCGCGGCUCACGACUGGCCCGCGCGUACGAAAUUCACCCUGCAGUUCUUUCGAGAUCUAUACGAGCGUACCAAGGGUGCUUACGAGUCGGUGGAGGAGGAAUGCCAGUUCCUCGGCUUCAAGAGCAACUUCGCGAAUCUGCGCGAGGUGUUGGCGAUGAGCGAACGGCGAGCGCUGCACCGAGAGGGGGAAGAUCCCUGGUACAUCGGCUGGAAGAACUGUCAUCCGCAGAUCCUAGAUGCCAUGAGGCAGUUUUACAGCGUGCCUCACUUCUUGCCGGACGACGCGGAAAUCCCGUACAGCAAUUACAUUUUUUUGGGCUACGAGGAAGGUGCCGUUAUGCACUUGGAUUACAUAUCGAGGCUUAUGUGGCAGGCUCAGGUAAUAGGCAGUAAAACGUGGACCGUGGCGCCGACACCAGAAUGUCACAGCGAAUGUAAAUCUUUUAAGUUUUCUGUCGAUGCGACGGACGUUGUACUGUUGGAUACACGGAUCUGGUAUCACAGUACUCGCGUCGAAAACGACGGUCUUAGUCUGACAGUCACCUCCGAGUACGGGUAGACUUUUAAGCCUUUGAUUUUAUAUAUCACCUUUUACUUAUAGCCAAAAUUUAUAUUUACGUACAUACUGCUUAGAUGGGACUUUAAGCAGUCUUUUUUUUAUUCCUCCAGGAAUAUUGCAGAAAUUGGUUACGAUAUUUUUAGUGUUGCUUCGUAGUCAAUGCUUCAUUAUUCGAGAUAUCUUUUUUUGCCAUGUAUGUUAUUGCUCCCGGUGAGCAAAAUGCCAAUUAAAGAAGAACGAGAUCAAGUCGCUGAUUGUACAUUAAAUGAUAGCGAAUGAGAAAUGUAUAUAAUAAUAUGACAAAUUUAUAAUAUAUAAGUAAUUUUCCAAUUGUAAAUAGAUCGUUAAACUAAUAGAGGAAGUUUAUAAAAAUUAUUCGAGAAAAACUGCCUUGUUGAAGAUCGAUAUUGCGAUCGUUGUUUUUAUCGCGCCAUGUGCCAAUGUCGUUGAUAUUUUUUGUAACUUUUAAUAAAAACUCUCAGCAAAGACAAACAUAAACCGUGAUUUGGUAGAAACCGUUUAUAUAUUUACAUUACGUGUAAACAUUUAUUCUGUAAUUAGAUCGUAGAUUCGCGUGAAACACAACAACAAUACAAUCGUUUUCAAAACAUAACAUGUACAUAAGAAAAUCAUUGUACGUACUCGCGUUAAUACAUUAAUACAUGUUGAUAUUGCUGCAGACACUUGCAGCAAUAUCUGUGCUCUAACAUUGCGUAGC